CACGCAUGCGUACAACAUACUAGAAAUAAUUUCAAUAUGGCAGACGAUGAUUCCGAAUUUCUCUCAUCGACUUCAAAUGCUUUAUGGGAUCCACUGUAUUCCAAAGACUGGGACAAGGAAAAUGUUACCCCACAAUGUGUAUUAAGAAUCAAACGGGAUAUAAUGAGCAUAUAUAAUGAACCACCCCCAGGAAUGUGUAUUGUACCUGACAAAGAUGAUAUCACAAAAAUACAUGCUCUAAUAACUGGCCCAUUCGACACACCAUAUGAAGGAGGUUUCUUCUACUUUUUAAUCCGUUGUCCACCAGACUACCCCAUCAGACCACCCCGUGUCAAGCUUAUGACUACUGGUAGCGGUCAGGUCCGCUUUAAUCCCAACCUUUACAGAAAUGGCAAAGUUUGCCUUAGCAUCAUAGGUACAUGGUCUGGCCCAGCCUGGAGUCCAGCACAGUCUCUUUCAAGUGUUCUUAUAUCCAUUCAAUCGUUACUGAAUGAAAAACCGUACCACAAUGAACCAGGUUUUGAACAGGAGAGACAGGCUGGGGACUGUAAGAGAUACAAUGAAUGCAUCCAGCAUGAGACAUUGCGGGUAGCAGUAUGUGACAUGCUUGAAGGAAAGAUUAAAUGUCCCAAUGCACUUAAAGAUGUGAUGGAAAAAUCAUUUCCUGAGUUUUAUGACUAUUAUAUAUCAGUUAUCACAGAGAAAUCAUAUCUGAAUGGACAAAAUAUGCAGGAUCCAUUUGGAGAAAAGAGAGGAAUAUUUGACUUUCCUAGUAUUCGAGCCAGGCUAGUGGAAAUCAAGAAAAGGCUUGAUGACGGCAACCCUUCAACAGCCGCCGAGGAAGACUCGGAUGACGACCAUACCGAACCGUGACUCCACCCCUGGCUCUACCCCCUUUGCGAUGAUGACAACGCCCACUUAAAGACUUACUAGCUUCUCCACAACAUCUUUAGCAAUGUAUUCAAAAAACCCCUGCAUAUUAUCGGCGAAGUCUUCAAAACUGCUUUGUUUUGAAAUUAGUAUCUGCAUCCUCUGUUCUUUCCGUUAAUUGUUGUUGACCGUUAAGUGGGACAUAACGGUCUGUCAGUACCGUUAUAUGGUUUCAUCACUGCCAUGUAAAGAAAUAUUAAAUAUAGCAUCAAUUAGA